UUUCUAAAAAUGGCCAUGAAUUUCGUGACAUUUAACCAGGACUACAGCUACCUGGCUGUGGCAACAUCUAAGGGAUUUCAGAUCUUCACAACUGAACCCUUUGCCAAGAGCUAUGAAGCCAAAGAGGGAAAUAUUGCUGUCAUUGAGAUGCUAUUCUCAACCUCUCUUGUAGCACUUAUCUUAUCACCAAGACGCUUACAGAUUCAAAAUACCAAGCGACAGUGCACAAUAUGUGAAUUAACGUUUCCAACAACAGUUCUCGCAGUGAAGCUGAAUCGCAAGCGACUUGUUAUUGUCCUUGAGGAUCAGAUCUAUCUUUAUGAUAUCCAGACCAUGAAGCUUUUGUCCACCAUUGAUACUUCACCAAACCCCAACGGUACAGAGCUCUUGCGUCUGAUUUUUCUUCUUCCCCUUUCAAGCUAUUUUUUGCCCAGUUCUGACAAAUCAACAGCAAUUUGUGCCCUUGCACCAUCCUCAGAGAAUUGUUACAUGGCAUAUCCUCUUCCACAAAAGGCCCCUGCAGCUGCAAACACACCAGCACAUGCGCCCCCUGGAACAACGCAUGUAUCUCCCACGACUGGGGAUGUUCUAAUCUUCGAUGCCGUUAAGCUAGAAGCCAUCAACGUCAUCGAAGCCCAUCGCUCUCCUCUGGCACUCAUUGCGCUGAAUAGUGAUGGGACUUUACUUGCUACUGCCUCAGAUAAAGGAACCAUCAUCCGCAUUUUCUCAGUUCCAGAUGGCCACAAGCUGUACCAGUUUCGACGUGGCUCCAUGCCAUCACGAAUUUACAGCAUGUCCUUCAACACCACGUCCACACUCCUAUGCGUCUCUUCGUCCACCGAGACCGUCCACAUCUUCAAGUUGACCCACCAAGGACCAUCGCCAGACGGCUCUUCAUCGCAGUCUCCAGGUCGGGACCAUGACUCUCCGCCAAAUAACUAUGGAUAUUCACUCGAAGAGGACGAGACGGGCAGCGAUGCUGGCUUGGAUCCUUCUUUACGGAAGCACAACGGCACUUUGAUGGGGAUCCUUCGCCGAACCUCUCAAAACGUCGGCGGCGCAGUUGCCGCUAGGGUGGGCGGAUACCUUCCGAAGGGAGUCAGUGAGAUGUGGGAGCCAGCGCGUGACUUUGCUUGGAUCAAAUUGCCGCGAUCGAAUCCAGGUCCUGGCGGAAAUACAGGCCCCGGACCGAUGAGGAGUGUGGUCGCCAUGAGUAACAAUACCCCUCAAGUCAUGGUUGUCACUAGUGAUGGUAAUUUCUACGUUUUCAAUAUUGAUCUGUCGAAGGGCGGAGAAGGGACUUUGACGAAGCAAUACUCAGUCGUUGAUUCAAACGAUAGGCUGGGCUAUACUGCGGAGUACUGA